AUGUUUGUAAAAGUAGAUAUUGAAGAUCCCCGGGGAUUAGUUUAUAGGUGUGUCAAAGGUCUCACAAGCAGAUUGAGAAGAGUAUUUCUUACUGUUUCGAAAUCUGAAGUGUUGAUCACAGUUCUCUCUCUUCAGGGAGUGUACUUAGGUCCAGUAGCACAUUGCUGGUGUAUAUUUGCACACAGAUAUGCCUAUGUGGUGGGCAAUUCGUCAUCCAAAAAGGUUCAACGAAAGACAAACAGAGGAAGUUUUAUCGAUUUAAUACAAAGGAAAUUAAACAUUCGUUCGGAAGAAAAGAAAAUUGGUGAUGUAGUAGGAUCAGGGAAGGACUAUAUAGAUGAUUGCUCAGAAAAGAGAUCACCCCACUUAGAUUCUGCAUUAUCCCCAUUGCAAGGAUCGCCUUGCCAUUGCUUUACUGUGCAUCCUCAUGCUCAACCUCUUCCUCUUCCUGUACAGCAUUCUCCAGGGGUAGGAGUAGGACAUCCUCUUUCUGGACAUACCCCAUUGAGCUUGGAGUUAAAUGGAUGCUCUCAGACUUUGCCAAAUUCUGAUUUUCUCUCUGGACAUGAACAUAACCGUGAACACUCCUUUGCUGUGGAUGCUUGGGGGGAUUCUGUUACUGCCUCCAUCUCUAGUAAUAGCUCAGUUGAUACAAAUGAUCAGCCUGAUUCCCAGUUCUUGAGCCCACAGGCUUCCGAUUAUGGAAGUGGGAAUGCAACAGCUACCAGCAGCCCUUCCAGGCACAUGGAUCAUUCCUCUAUCAUUGCUCGAAGAAUCUUGAAGGAUCAAUUAAAGCAAGUUAACCUGCCUAUCAGUGAUCAUAUUCCUUUGAAAUCUACCAAAAAAGCAUCAUUUGGUGCCCAAGUGACCAAACUGCAGAUUGCUCCUCGUGCUGGUUUCUUCAGUGCUCCAGACAGCUACACUUCAAGUCCUUCAAGAAGCCCAGUAAAGGCUUGUACCCAUGAACAAGUUAUCAGAUCUAGUUCUGGUGUAGGAACACCAUGCUCAGAUAUGAAUUUGGUUGGACUUGAACAUUGCUGCAAUUUGGGUUCUGAAAAAAUUUCAGAACCUAAUCCUGUCUCAGAUCAGUUUUUCUUUGGGCCUCAGAGCGGGCGUACUCCAGAGUAUUCUCCAUUACCAAGCCCUAUAAUGAUUAGUCCUAGUCGAGGUUCUUACGUACAAAACGGCAUUGUGAGUCCAUUACAUCCUAUGGAUAGGUUUGGUGAUGGAAAGCCUGAGAGUCACAGGCUACCACUACCACCUGCAACAACCUGCAGCUCUUGUCCAUUUUCAUCUUCACAUGUAGGAGUAAAUACUCCUACUAAUCCAAGAACCCAUGUUCUACCAGCAGUGUCAACAAGCCCUGUUUCACAAUGGAAAAAAGGACGGCUUAUAGGAAGUGGCACAUUCGGUCAAGUCUAUUUGGGCUUUAACAGUGAAACUGGUGAGAUGUGUGCAAUGAAGGAAGUUACUUUGUUCUCUGAUGAUUCCAAGUCAAAGGAAAGUGCACAGCAAUUAAGACAAGUUGAUGACAAACUGUAUAUAUACUUAGAAUAUGUCUCUGGUGGUUCUAUAUAUAAAAUUCUUCGGGAAUAUGGUGAGCUUGGAGAAUCAGCUAUCCGCAGCUAUACACGCCAAAUUUUGUCUGGACUUGCGUAUUUGCACUCAAAAAACACUGCUCACAGAGACAUUAAAGGAGCCAAUAUUCUUGUGGACCCAAGUGGGCAGGUUAAAUUGGCAGAUUUUGGCAUGGCGAAACAUAUCACUGGGCAAUCAUGUCCAUUUUCAUUCAAGGGAAGCCCAUACUGGAUGGCUCCUGAGGUAAUUAGGAACUCGAAUAGGUGCAACCUUGCUGUUGAUAUAUGGAGUCUGGGAUGUACUGUAAUAGAGAUGGCGACCUCAAAACCUCCUUGGAGUCAAUAUGAAGGGGUUGCAGCACUCUUCAAAAUUGGGAACAGCAAAGAACUUCCUUCAGUCCCCGAUCAUCUCUCAAUGGAAGGAAAGGACUUUAUUCGGCGAUGUUUGCAGCGAAAUCCGAGAGAUCGUCCUUCUGCUAUCCAGCUGUUGGGGCAUCCUUUCGUCAGAAAUGUAACUUCACCUGUAAAAGGCUCAAUAAGUUUAGAUCCACUGGAGCCUCACUAUACAACUUGUGAUGCAGAAAGAUAUAAGGGCAUGAUUCAUGCGAAAACAAUUUCAAGCUCAGACUUGGAAGGAGUGGCUGUGCAGCUGUCCAGGGACAUUACAAAUGGAUCAGGAUCCAGGAACACUCCGAUGCCAAAGCAUAUAUCAUGUCCAGUUUCUCCUAUUGGUAGUCCUCUUUUGCAUCCAAAGUCAGCACAGCCAAUGUACAGAAGAAUUUCUACCAUAUCCAGCCCUCAGACUGCUUCUGGCUCAUUUACGCCUUGCAGGGCUUGCACCAGUGGCAAUGUUGCUUUCCCAGUUAAGCAUUUGGACCAUUCUCUUCCUUAUCGAAGGUCCCAAAAAAGACUAUAUGCCAGUGGUAACCCCUUGUUCUGCAAAACAAAGCUAGAAACUUUAUCUGGUAUUCCAGAGGCUUCCCAGACAAAUGGAGAUAUAUUUCCAUGUCGAAAUGACUUGGCUGGAAGUAAAUUUGUACAAGGAAUUCAUCGUGAUCCAGGGGAAAUUUGUAAUCGACAGUCAGUAUUGGCCAGUCAUGUAUCUCAGCAACUCAUGAUUGAUCAUCUCAAAUGAACCUAGGCCCUGUAAUUCUAAUUGUCAAGUUCAUGCUGUAUUGUUUGACAAAUUUUUGACAGUCUUGUACUGGGAGAAGGCUUGUUGUAUCGCAGGGUGAAUGAUUUAUGUACAGUUGGAGUAGUAUUAUAGAUGUAAGUAGAAAUUCUAGGGUUGGCCAAGCUUACAGAAGGAAGAUCAGAUUUUUUUUGGGAUUCUCCUCGUGCAAGGAGCAACAUAUUGGAUAGCUAGAUAAUUUUUUUAGGCUAGUUUAGCGAUUAUGAUUUGCUGUAUGUACAUAUCAGUGAACAGCCCAAUUUUGUGCCAAAGUUGCCAAACAAGGAAGCUUAUGAUGCCUUGUAUUA